GAGACAAGUCCUCGUUCCCGUGCUCUCUUGAAAGUUCCCUUCCACCCCCCUCCCCGAGCUUGGCGUACUAUCAUCGCAGCCGCAUGACGGCGGUCGCGCGUCUGUCGAGCUGCCGUCUUCCCUUCACUCAACUCGAAGGUUUAGGCCUAAAGGAGGUUUCCCAAUUGUCUUCCGUUCCAUUAACUGAUCCUGGGCGAGACCACGGUCAUACCUCAGGUGGCUAUUAAUAUACCUUACUUCAAAUUCCAUCCACCAUCAUGGUUGCGAAUCUCGUGCUCCUUGCCCUCCCGCUCCUGGCCACUUACCUUGCCGCAACGCUAUGGCAUCGCCGCUUCAGACAGUGGGCCAAUUUCCCCCAGCUGAAGCCCUCUCUUCUCUGGGGUCACCUGCAGGUCAUUCACGAAUACACCCUCCGGGCCAAGCCAAAGAUUCAUAUCGAUGCCGUGUUUGCGCAAAUCGCCAAAGACCUCGGAAGUCCGCCACUCAUGUACCUUGAUCUUCGCCCCGUCAGUUAUCCGAUGGUUGUCAUCAACAGCCAUGAAAUAGCCGAGCAGGUUUCGCGCGUGAGCAAGCUAUUCCCCUGGAGAACGCCUAAGUCUCCCACGAUGUGGGACCUGGUACGGGUGAUCGGUCCAGAGUCCAUCCUGCUCAGGCAGAGCGAGGACUGGAAGCAACUACGGAAGCGCUUCAACCCCGGUUUCGCCCCCCAGCACCUGAUGACGCUUCUCGGGUGCAUCUGCGAUAAGACCAUGAUCUUUGUAGACCAGUUGGAGCGCUACGCUCGCUCGGGUAGAGAGUUUCCCCUCAACAAGCUCACCAUUAACCUGACGUUUGACAUCAUCGGCGCCAUCACCAUGGACGUCGACUUCGACGCACAGCAGUCCGAGUCCUCGGGCCAGGGCGAGUUCAUCAAGCUGUACGACCGGCUCCUCAACAUGUACGGUACCGAGGACAGCCGGUUCCCGUGGUGGAUGUAUCCGAGGCGGGAGUGGCGCCGCUACAAGCUCAGCAAGCAGAUUGACAGGCGCCUCGAGGACAUGAUCCGGCAGAAGCACGCCGAGCAGCAGCAGCAGCAGCAGCAGCGAAAGCAGCAACAGGAAGGAGGAGAAGCCGGCAAAGGAAAGCCCCGCGACAUCCUCAGCCUUAGCCUGCAGGGAAGCAGCGAGCUGAGCAGAGAGCUCCUCGCCGAGACGCGAGAUCAGCUCAAGACGUUUCUGUUCGCCGGCCACGACACCACCGGCAUCUUGCUGGCGUGGCUCUUCUACGAGCUGUCUCGGUCUCCCCACGUGCUCAAGGCCGUGCGCGGCGAGCUUGAUGCCGUCUUCGGCCCGGACCCGGACCCGGGAGCCGUGCGGGAGAAGCUCAUGGCCCCGAACGGGGAGGAGCUGAUCAACAAGAUGCCGUACAUCAACUCGGUCAUCAAGGAGGUCCUUCGGCUGAGACCGCCGGCCGGGACGGCGCGCAUGGCCCCCCCGGGGACCGGCUUUACCGUCCGCACUCCCGAUGGGCAGAGCUUUUGCCUCGACGGCGCCAUCAUUUACAACUGCGCCACCAUCAUCCAGCGAGAUGGGACGGUCUACGGGGACACGGCCGACGACUUCGUCCCGGAGCGGUGGCUGGGCGACAAGAGCAUCGGGAGCGCCGACGCAGAACAGAACGAGGCGGCGGGCAGGAAGUUCCCGCCGGGGGCGUGGCGGCCGUUCGAACGAGGCCCCCGCAACUGCAUCGGGCAGGACCUGGCCACCAUCGAGGCGCGAGUCAUUGUGGCCCUCGUGGCGAGGCGGUAUGACUUUGUCAAGGUCGGGCUGGGGGAGCUCGAUCUUGAGGAGGCAGGGCGGCCGAUCCUGGACGAGAAGGGGCAGUAUAAAACCAAGCCGGAGUUGUACAACACACAACAGGUGACGGCCAAACCAGUCGAUGGCAUGAUGAUGAAAGUGAGACGGCUGGCGUGACCGUGGACGGGCGCUGGAUGAGGGUCGUAAAACACGCGUGGUGGGGACUUUCAGGUUGGUUGGGUCGGCUGCGCGGGCAGAGCGAAUUUCAGGUACUUGUAAGUUGAGGAAGCCCCGUCUUGCAGCAGUACUCGGCCUUAAGGUGCCUAUGUAAUAAAUCCACCCAAAGUAAAAGGGUAGUGUAGAUUUCAAUGGUAAGGUGGUGGUGGAAGGCUCCGUUGUGCUUUAUUAAUUGCUUGGCCAACUGACAUUCAGCACGACAGGUAUAUAUGUACAUACAUGUAUGUACAAA